AUAGAGAUAUUUGUCUGUUGUGGUCUGUGGUCUUCUUGUCGCGGAGUCUUGAUUACUCUUGACUGUAAAUUGUAGUUUGCAAAAGUAAUUGCUUUUGUAAUUUUCAUAAUAUUUAUGUCUAUUUUAUUUCUACUUUAAGGUACAUGAAAUUAUAUUGUAAAUUUUUCCUAAGUGCAGUUAUAAAUACUAUUUUAAAGUGACAGCAAAACAUGUGAAAUGUUUUCGAUGUGGUGGUUAAGAGAUUGUGGCGUAAAGGCAAUAAUAUAUGCAUGAUUUUAUACAGAAUUUGUAUCCCAUUUUGUUAUUGUGCCUUAAUUAGUGCUGUUAGAAAUGCAAGAAAUUUGAUGAAAUAAAAAUAAUGCCAUGUAUACUCCGAACCAUACAAGGAAGGAAACCAGAGAUGUAAUGUACCGGAGUAAUUCCAGUCUAGAUCUUAUAUACGGCGACCAUCCGUCUGGUAAUGGUCUCCGUAGAGAGUAUGGUAGCCACGGCUCUAUUGAUGUGAUAGGGGGAGCACCAAAUGAUCGAUUAACAGUUAUGGUGCACAAUUAUAAUGGUGUGUCUGCGCCAGACAAGAGUCCAGAUCUAUCAAGAACAGAUCGUCUCUCAGACAUGCUUAACAGUGAUCAUGCUGAUGGACCCACACCUCGUGCUAAUGCCAGCCCUAAACCACGCUUAAAAUUAAACAAACUUUGGGGAGGUGCUGCUCCUGCUCUGUCCCGCCAUACAUUUGACGAUAGGGCUUUAUCAGUGGUUGAAGCAGAGAUAGCAAAAAGAAAACAAUUUGCACACUAUGAUUGCCAAUCACUUAUGGCAAACUUAAGUUAUGCAGCUGAAAUCCGUGGAGAAUUAUUGAGCCGUCGUAGAAACACUACCACAGGGGCAUCAGCAGCUUCAUUGGCAACAAGAAGUGUUCCACCAGGAGAAGAACCUGUAAGAUCUGUACCUGAUACAGGAGAUGGUCGGUCUAAUGAUCUGCUUGAAAGCUGUCCAUUCUUUAGAAAUGAACUUGGGGGUGAAGAAGAAAGAUGUGUGACGUUAUGCUGGCGGACGGCAAGAGGCGCCAUACCUGGUCAAUCUGGGGGCUGGCACCGUCCAAGAGCAGCCUAUGGCCUAUCAGUCCUGGAGUUCCCACCUGGACACAGUCACUGGAGAAAUGGCUGUCCCUUUGCAAGGUCAUUGGCACCAUUACCAGUUGAAAGUCAAGAUCUGGGUGCCUUGUAUUACAGGAAUUAUUUUUAUAAUCAGCAUCAUCAAAAUUGGUUCGGUAUGGACGAGAACCUCGGGCCCAUCGCGGUAUCCAUCAAGAAAGAGCGGGUGGAGUUGCGACGUGGCGGCUGCGACGUAUCAGCCCCCGCCUCACAGCUCGCGUGGCAGUACCGACUAAUCAUACGUACCUCAGAGCUGCUAACAUUGCGAGGCUCCGUGCUAGAAGACGCUCUACCCACCGCCAAACCCAGCAACAAUAGCGCCACCUAUAACACGAAGGAGGUCUUGGAAUAUGUCGCGCCGGAGGUGCAAUACAGCUGCUUAAAACUUGGCGUUAACAAUGGCGGCGCUGAAGAUCAACUCUUACGACUUGAUGAGCAAUGUGUAACGCGACACUAUAAAGUUGGAGUCAUGUAUUGCAAGAGCGGUCAAUCGACAGAAGAAGAGAUGUAUAACAAUCAAGAAGCAGGCCCUGCAUUUGUCGAAUUCCUGCAAAUGUUGGGCCAGACAGUCCGUUUAAAAGAGUUUGAUAAAUACAAAGCAGGGCUCGACAAUAGGACAGAUUCUACAGGUUUAUAUUCUGUCUAUACGACGCACCAAGACUGCGAGAUAAUGUUUCACGUUUCGACGAUGUUACCUUAUACUCCCAACAAUCGGCAGCAGUUGUUGCGAAAACGACAUAUAGGCAAUGAUAUAGUGACGAUAGUAUUUCAAGAACCCGGCGCCGCUCCGUUCACUCCCAAGAAUAUCCGUUCGCAAUUCCAACACGUUUUCGUUGUAGUGCGAGCGAUAGACCCGUGCACUGAGAACACGCACUAUAGUAUAGCGGUGAGCCGAGCUAAAGAAGUGCCUUUAUUUGGACCUCCAAUCAAAGAUGGUGCAGUGUACCCUAAAGGAGAAGUUUUUACGGAUUUAUUAUUGAGUAAGGUAAUAAAUGGAGAAAAUGCAGCUAUCCAGUCCCCAAAGUUCAGCACAAUGGCGACUCGAACACGACAAGAAUAUUUAAAAGAUUUAGCCAAAAAUUAUGUGACGACCACUACAGUGGAAACUGGACAAAAGUUCUCUCUAUUUUCUUCAGUAUUUGCCCUGAAAAGCAACAGCAAUUCGAGCAAUACCGCCGUUCUACCUCGUAUGGAUAAUUGCACCAACGAUGUCUUAGUUGGUGGUGCUUUAUGUUUUCAUGUUCACGUGCAAGAUGAAGGCGCAGGCGGUGUACUAUUGGAUUGUAUCAUGGGUGUGUCGGCUGAUACUAUAGUGCUAUUGGAACACAGCUCAAGGCAGAUCAUUUUAGUCAUUCCCACCAAUUCCCUUCUGGGCUGGGUGGUGAGCAGCGGCUGGACGCGCGUGUACUACCACCAGGGCGAGAGCGUGCGCGUGCGCGGCGCGGGCGAGGCGCUGCUGCGGCGGCUGGCGGCCGUGGCGCCGCCGCACGCGCACGCGCUCCGCGAGCUCACGCUCGAGCGCAGCGCGCAGCAUCAGCUGGGAUUCCACGUGCAACCCGACGGCCUAGUGACGGCGGUAGAAAGCGGCGGUUCGGCGGCGCGGGCUGGAGUGAGGCGAGGGGCUCGUCUGUUGGAAGUGUGUCGAGCAGCCGUCAUCGCGCUUCAUCACGACCAGCUGGUAGACCUGCUCAAGACCUCCGCUCCGGUCACGGUGACGCUGACGUUCGCGCAGAGCGCGCGGUGCGCGUGCGCGAGCGGCGCGGAGGAGAGCGCGGCGGCGCGCGCGGACGCGCAGCAGCCCGCGCGGCGCCGCCCGCCGGCCGCGCACUCGCCGCCGCGCUCCGACUCCUCGGGGUACGGCACCGGUGGUUCAGGCCGAAGCGGGCGGCGUUCUCCUCAAUCUUCACCAGUAUCGGAGGCGCUGCUGCGGCGACGCUCACACGACGGCGGCCACUCUCCCGCGCACACGCCGCGACACGCCAGACACAAGCGAGCCUCCGCCAACACUAGCGAGCUCACGGAAGAAUUGAUGCGCCUUAUGGACGCAGAACUUGGCGGUGGUCGUUCAAACAGCGUCAUCGGCACGCCUACAUCCCCACCGAGCUUAACGCCUUCAAUGGCUCCUACGACCAUAACGCCGCCUACAACAGUAGAAACUACAAGUAAUCAUGCGCGUGUGCCUCCAUUGCCGCUUCCAGACGCAGGCGCCUUGGAUUGGGCCACACUAGUUCAUACGGCCACUCGGGCUAUGCUACAGAUUUGUGAAGAACACCAGUACCCUUCUAUGGAUAACGCCGAUCCAUCAUUAGACACAAUAGCAACUGAAUCCUUGAACAGUUCUUGGCCGGAAAUACCUAGUGCGGAAUCCAAUGCUGAGGCGGCCGCUAGCGGGGAGAAUCAGAGCUGCAGCUGCGGGCUGGCGGACGCGGUGGCGACGCUGCGGGCCGACGCUGUGGUCGCGCAGCGGCACCGCGCCGCGCUCGAGGACGAGGUCCGUCGCCUUCGCCGCCACAAUGCGCGGUUGCGGGAGGAAUCAGCGCGGGCGGUGUGGCAACUGCGGCAGUUCACGCAGUGGCUCAAGAGGACCGUCGACCGCCAGUGACGGUAACAUUUACAUCACACUGUACUCUACCUUGUAUGAAAGAUCUUUACUGAUAGUGACACAUUGCUCGUCGAUUUACUAUGACGGAAAUUUACAAUAUAUUCUCGUUUAUUUGCGAGUUAAUAAGUAUAAACGCGUCGACAUCUAUAUUAUAAUGGUCUUGGUAUCUUAUGAAUUUUGUGCCUUUCCUAUGCUUCGUGCGAAGCGUUUGUUUUUGUAUAAAGACUUUAUGUUGUACUUUGGAUAUUUAAGCUUAUUCAACUGUUGAUUACUAUUAUUAUCUAUACUUAUUAUGUAGAAUAAGAAUGUUUUUCUGUAAUAUCAGAUAUUGAAGAUUCAUUUCAUUUCACAUAAUUAUUGUUGUUAAUAAGCGAUGGUUAAUAUUAAAACAUUUUGACGUAAUACUCAAUCUCCGGGUAAACAAUUAAAAACCACCAAAAAUUGAAAAUGUAAUUUAUUAUUAUUUAAAUAAGUAGGUUUAAUGUUCUUUAUUAUUUGGGGUGAGGUUUUUUAGAGAUGUUUGUAUUUAACGCUAGAAUUUAUAUAAAAUUUAUAGAGUUUAUAUUCCACCGGCCUUAUAGCGAAAUAAAUCGACUGAUACAAAUCGACUGUGGUUUUUCGUGGCUCAUUUGUUUGUUGGAUAAAUGCAUAUGCUUUUGAUGAGCCUAAAGAUAUCGUAUUAUUCAAACAAGUGUGUUUUAGUUCUGCACCAUACGAAUCUACAACCUUGGUGGUCGUUGAGUGUGCAGCUGAAUAUCUUUUUAUGGUAUAUAUCUGUCCAUGUCCGCGAUUCCAACGACCGUUUUAUCACUUGACACAUUUUGCAAGCAAUUGAUUGGUUUGAAUAAUUAUCGUAUUAACGUUAGAUAUACUACGGGUUUGUACUAUAAGUACAUGAGUACUAUAGUAUAAUAUAUGUAUGUAUAAUACUAUGAAGUUAUGGGAAUGUCCACCAACUUUUAAACAUAAAAUAAAAAGAUACGAAUGAUGCAGAUCUCGCACCUUAGGAAGACUUCGCUUGUAUGUCUCAAAUUAUCAUAUAAUCGAACAAUAAUAAUAUCUUUUAUAUUCUUAGAUAUAAUUUUGUACGCUAAAUCACAACGCGUAUUAUUAAAAUGAGUGUAAGAUGAACACCAAUUAGGCUAAGACUGUCAUAGUUGAAAAUGUUGAAGUGAUUAGUUGGGGUAAUUUAUUUAUAUACCACAUAAUAAGUAUUGACGUUAUUUAUGAAUUGAUUAUUAUUAUUUUAAGGGAAGCAUCUUUGACUAUGGCUGAAAAUAUAAUAAAAAUAAAAUACUGUUAAAAUUUAUUGUAAAGAUAUUAGUUGGUAGUAUUAUUAUAGACUUGAGACCUGCCAAAUAUUAUAACAGUAAGUAUAAGCGAGUACGAAGCACAAGUUUGUAGUAAAAAUAACCUUCAUCUGUAAAAAUUUUUGUACCUUUAUCAUUGUGACGCGAUUAAAUAAAUAUCAGAGUAGCAGUGGGUUGAUAUGGAUAUGCCCACUUUCUCACAAACCGGUUCAAAGCGGCAUUGGUGUUAAAAAACUAACAAAUUAUAACGUUUACGGUUAUGUUAAAUUUUGUGCAGUUAUGUUUUAGUGACUAUGGCCUUUAUUUGUAGUACACAUUUUCAUGAAUAUUUGUAAAUAUUCUAUUGACUUUGCAUUGUUUAUAAUGUAUAGUUGAACCCGUGGACCCAAAGCCUAGAGUACUGGAACUUAAAACUCAACACAAAAACUUAAUUUAAUAAAUUUGAUUUACGUAAAUAAUAUAUAAAUAAUACAUAAAUGCCACAUUGGGACUAAAAGGGAAGAUAUGGAAAUAGAUAUACAAAUUUAAAUUUUUAUCAGUGACCGAUCUUUUUAGGGUCGAAUGUUUUUUAGUAAAUAGGUUCAAGUGAACAAGAAAAAACAUUUUUUUUUGUUCACAGUCAACGGGCUACAUAUAAAUAAUUCAGGCUGUAUUUACACAAAUAGUUUCAUAAAUUUUUAUUUAUUUUUAUUCUGCAGCGUAUCAAUGUGCGGGGGGUUAUCGUUUUGUUUUUUUCUAUGUUCGUUUUAUUUGUUGUUUUCUAUGUUCGUUCGCUAAGUUUCGGGUCCAGAGAUUCAUGCAUACGUGUUUUAAAAUCAUCAUAAGACAAAAGCUUUAUUAGUUAAUGACCUUAAAGAUUAAGGUUUAUUGUUAAAAAUACAUUCGCUUAUUGUUAGAUGUAAUAUGUAAUGGACAUUUAAAUACGUAGUACCUAUGUAGGGUUAAGAGUAACUUUGAAAUUAUGCAUUAUUCUUUAUAAUAUUCAAACCAAAGCCUUAUAAAAAGUAUUGUAGUUAUCCCGCUAAAGGCUUUAUAUUUAGAUAAUAAGUUUCACUCCGCAUUUAGUUCUUUUUUUGCUUUUAAGACUUACUUAGCGAAAUUAUGCUCAGUAACUUAUUGCUAGCCAUCUUGCGAAACACGCAUAAUUUACUGAUAUUUUUCGGGUAUACUUGGGCAACUUUUUAUUUGAUAAAGGUAUUUACGUGUUAUAUUUUUGAGUUUAUCUAUACAUUUUUAUAAUACGUACUGUUCGUCAAUUAAAUGCAAAUCGAAUUUCAUCAUUUUCACUGCUUAUUUGGAUGAUCAUAAUAGUAUUUUCUUGAAUAGAGUUAACUAAAGAAGUAUGAACUAUAUAGUGCAUACACAAUUUUGCAACUGGUUUAAUGUGUGUCAGAAUGGCGGGUGUACCUCACGGGUUUUAAUAUCUGUUUUGGAUUAAAAACGUACCUGAUGUGUACCUCAGUGUACCUAUCCUAAAAAUCUGUGUACCUCCUUCUAUGUAAAGAUUUUAAUAAAAUAGGUACACCCGCGGUCCUGACGUCAGGACCGCGGGUGUACUUCUAGUUAGCAUAUGUAGGUAAGUUAACUGUAUAUGUAGAUUUGGUACCUCUUGUGUACCUGCAGAAACAAAUAUUAAAUAAAUAAAAAAUAUUAAGGGUGCUGAGAAAAUGAAAAAAAAACAUUUAUUUUCAUGUUAAAAUUUUCUUUUUCUUUUUUUGUAACUGGCCAGUUAUGACACAUUCUGAACACAACAGAAAAGAAGUUGCACAAUACAAAUUAUAAUUAACAUAUAUCAACAACAAAAUGUUUAUGUAUAAAUGAUCUAGUUCAUUACUACAGUAUAUACUUUCAUGUAGGUAUUCUUCCGAGGCAAGCGAUGGGAGUGUUAUGACGAUCUUCGUAAUAAUGUAAGAAAAAGCUCUAAAUGUAUGAUUUCAGAAUGUGACCUUUAUGGAUUGAAAUAUUUUUUUGUAAUAUACAUAAAAAUAUAUUUUGUGAUUUAGGAAUGUUACAAUUUUGUACUUAUACAUUAAUGUAUUAUCACAUACAGACAGACACUAGAGUGAUCCUAUAAGAGUUCCGUUUUUUUUUUAUUUAUUUUUUUACAAUUUUGUACCUAUACAUUAAUGUAUUAUCACAUACAGACAGACACUAGAGUGAUCCUAUAGGAGUUCCGUUUUUUUUUUAAAUUUUUUUUUCAUUUUCUCAGCACUCUUAAUAUUUUUUAUUUAUUUAAUAUUUGUUUCUGCAGGUACACAAGAGGUACCAAAUCUACAUAUACAGUUAACUUACCUACAUAUGCUAUCUAGAAGUACACCCGAGGUCCUGACGUCAGGACCGCGGGUGUACCUAUUUUAUUAAAAAUCUUUACGUAGAAGGAGGUACACAGAUUUUUAGGAUAGGUACACUGAGGUACACAUCAGGUACGUUUUUAAUCAAAAACAGAUAUUAAAAUCCGUGAGGUACACCCGCCAUUCUGACACACAUCUGGUUUACGAGUGUUGAGAAAGUUAUUUUUUUUCUUCCAGGACAAUUUAAUUGUAGCAAAACGGAAAUUUUUGUCGAAAUUAAUAUUAUUAUUUUUUUGCUAUUUGCGCAUCUAUUCUACUUUUGAUAGACCAAUUUCUGCAGUAUUGUCAGUUCUCAACGGAGAAAUGUUAUUGAUUGGAAACUUUUUGAAAUUUAAACAAAAAAUAUUUAUUUCAAUAAAAGAAAAUAUUGUGUAAGUACACUUGUCCUAACGUUAACUUGUAGAAUUAAAAUGUAUAAAAUUUACAAUCUGCUUUGUUCUGUAUAAUGCUGAUAUUUUAGGAGACACGUUCACAAGCAACGAGAUAUAAAAUGUGCCUUGAUCUAAUUUUAGAGAAACGACACGAAGAAACUUGAAAGUGCUUAAAUUUUUCGCUCUCAAUCUUUGGAAGCAUUAACUUGGUAAAGUCUGAUCUAUUCUUUGUGAUUUACUUUUAUAACCAAAGCGUUUAAUAUGACUCGCCAUACUCUCACGUUGUUUCCAUUAUAUUUUGAUUUUGUGAGCAGAGGGUGACAGGUUCAGAUGUAAUGACAAAAUGGAAGUAUAUAAAGGAAAUGUCAUUCCAUAAUAAGACAGAUGAGCAAACAAAACGGAAUCAAUACCAUUAUUCUGACUCUGCCACCUUUACCUCAUACUUAUAUUAUGGCAUUAACUGUAGGUUUAUUAUUUUUUACUGGUGUAUUAAUUGAAUAUACAUUCCAAUUAAACUAUUUACCGAAAU